AUGGCGGCGUUGGCGGGCAGGUCUGUGGUGCAGCCCGGGCUCAGCCGCUUCCGCGGGGCCAUGGCCGGGGCGCUGCUGGGCGACUGCAUCGGCGGCGACUUCGAGGGGAAGGAGGCGGUGAGCAGCCGGGAGGUGCUGGAGGCCGUCAGGGCCCUGGAGGAGGAGGAGGAGGAGCAGCGGCAGGAGGCGGGGACAGGUUCUUUAGUGUACUCGGACGAUACGGCGAUGACCAGGUGUGUGGCGCAGUCGCUGAUAGCAAAACAAGACUUCGAUGAAGUGGAUAUGGCCAUGAGGUUUGCUGAGGAAUACAAAAAAGAGCCAAACCGUGGGUAUGGAAGCGGCGUAGUGCGUGUCUUCAAGAAACUCCUCAGCCCAAACUGUAAGGAUGUGCUGAAGCCCGCAAGGGAACAGUUUAAGGGGAAAGGUUCUUAUGGAAAUGGAGGUGCUAUGAGGAUCGCCCCAAUCGCGCUGGCUUAUCCAGAAGCGAAAGACGUUAAAAAGUUUGCCAGGAGAAAUGCAGAAAUAACACACGCCUCCUCCCUGGGGUACAACGGGGCGAUCCUGCAAGCGCUUGCCGUACACUACGCUCUUCGGGAAGAGUUGAAGAAGGACCAGUACGUUGACCACCUCAUUGGGGAAAUGCAGUUGGUCGAGAAUGAUGAAAAAUCUGUGCUGGACGCAAAAGAUCUGAAUGAGGAGUUUCCCUUCAGCAACAGACUAAAGAAAGUGAAGCUAUUUUUAGGCCGAACCGACGUUUCAAAGGAGGAGGUGGUGAACGAAUUAGGGAAUGGGAUCGCAGCUUUCGAAUCUGUGCCCACUGCUAUUUAUUCCUUUCUGCGGUGCAUGGAACCCGAUCCAGACAUACCGGCCAAUUACAACGGCCUGCAGAGGACGAUAAUCUACAGCAUUUCACUGGGCGGGGACACUGACACGAUCGCCACCAUGGCCGGAGCGAUCGCUGGCGCUCACUAUGGGUUCGAUCAGGCACCCGAUACUUGGCGCAGGAGUUGCGAGGCCCACAAAGAUGCGGACGAUUUUGCAGAGAAACUGUAUGACCUGCACUGCAAGCACCUGGAUGCUCUCAGAACAGCAGCGUAACAAAAUAAAUGACGCGUGGCCCCAGUCACAGAAUACGAAAGCAACGUAAUACGUGAAGGUGUAACUUGCUGAUUACAGCGAUGAAAAGAAAACAUAUCACUCCGUGUCCAAGAACCUGAUCUGUGUUCGGGUACUGAUAGCAGCAGCUGCCUUCAUUUGAGCAUCAGUAAAUGCAGUAUGAUCGUGAUAAUCUGCCACUCAUCCCAGUUACACGUAAAAGGUAUCCGUGUGUGUGUGAGAGAAAGAGCAAGAGCAAACAAAGACUAGAGUUUGUUUCAUAAGUUCUCCUUUAUGGAUGAAACUAAGUAAAUAAAAGAGUACUUUAAUAAAACGUAAGUGAUGUUUUAAUUUUGGGCGAUAACUGGCAGACCUCAAACCUUCAACAUUUGUGGAAAAGUUGUGCUACCGGGAUGAAAGGCCGUUUGUGAGACAUUCCUAUGUGCGUAUUGGCUGCUACGUUCACUUACAAAAUACAGGCUGUUCUGUACACUUUACAGUAUAUCUUGUGAAGCACUUUGAGAUUUCCUCCCAAAGUGAAAGGAACUAUAUAUAUCAAAUGUAAGGAUUUGAUUUGAAAUGAAAGGUGUUUUGCGAAAAUGUACAUCACCAGGGAAUGUUCUGAUGAUUUUAAAAGUGCUCACAGUAAUCUGCUGUACACAAAGAUUGGUUUGCUGAUCUCCUUAAUAUGUAUUCUGUGGCAAAUGUAUAUAGUGGUUCAGUGGUGUACAGAGCAUAGUUGAUAGAUUUCAAAAACACCUUUGUUCCAUGCCUGUAUUAAAGUUGUAUUUCUACCAAAAGUUAAGUGUAACAGUUUUUAUUAGAUCAGAAUGAAGAAGCCCUUUGACUCAUUUCAUCUCGUCCUCCAGAACAUCCACCCUCCAAGCCCUCCCAUUAAAGAAUUAAGCUGUGUUGUUUUUACGAGUCCAGUGUUCUAGCUUCAAUUAUGCUUCCUAGUGACCUGUUUCAAUUAAUUAUCCUGUUGGUGAAGAAAUAUUUCCGUUGCCUGUUCUGAAAUUGCCCUUUGCGACUUUAAACCUGUUCCCUCUUGUUAUGCUGUCUCAGUGCUUCCUAAAUGUUCUGGAUUUACUUCCACAAUCCCAUUUUAAAUCUUGUGUACCUCUAUAAAUUCCCCUCCGAGCUGUGUGCUUUCAUGACUGACGAGACCUUACCUAUCUAAUUGCUGCUCAUAGCUCAUUUCCUCUGAUGCCAGGAAUCGCCCUCAUUGCUCUUGUCUGCACUGUCUCUUGUGUUGUAGAAAUGCAGUAAAUAGUCCAGCUGAGGUCUGACCAGAAAUCUCUACAGCUGGAGUAUGGAGAUCUCAACUGAUUUGGUGGUAGAGCCAGCAUCCUGUUUGCCUUGUUCAUUGCUGUCCCUCACUGUUUUGACAUUGGUGAGCGAUGAGUCAACUACCACUCCUAGCUAAGUCUCUUUCAACUUCUCCCAUGGGAACUCUAUCCCAUCCACUCGAGAAUACACUUGCCUGCUAUCUUUCCUUGCUGUAUGUAAUAUAUUGUAUUGAUAUGUAUUUGUCAGCCUCAUUUGUCAGUCACCGGCAAAGGGUAAACAGUCGGUGAAGAGGUGGUGAGAAAGGUGACUGAGUUCAAUGCUAGACACAACAGGAACUACCUGGAAUCAUCAAUGUUUUGAGAAGGAAUACAGAUUGUGUUUUUGUGAGUAGCAAUUCUUCCAAACGUUCUAUUCAUCAGCCCACAUCAGCUCCUUGGAGCCCUGAAAACAAGCCAACAAUAAAGUCUGCCACCUCAUUAACCCCAUCCAUUACUAAAAAUACUGUUUGGCAAUUACUCGCUUUCAGUUCCUGCUACCCAAGAAAAUCGAAAAUAAUGUCUAUUGUAUUGAGUGCACGUAUUGUUACUCUGUAAGCGUUGACAGGGUCGUAGUCAGCUAGAACAAAGCGAGUGUUUGUAAAGCACUGUUUCAUUUUUCUUAUAUCGGGGUUUUUAUUUUUUUGUGGGGGUUAACAUCGUAAAUCAGAUACCCUGUCUACAACCAACAUCAGUAUAUCUCUGCCUUUCCCUGGGAAAGAUUUAUUCACAUCAUCCCAACGUAUCUCCCCCACUCCUAACAAAAACAAAUGUAAGAAUUGUACCCCACCUGGCCUGAAGCCAUAGCACGGCUUUGAGAGCUGCCUUUGUUCGUGUUAUCAGGCGCAUCUUGAAUGUCUCUUCCUUGUAUAAAUAAAACUGCAUAAAAGUUCAUCUUUGCUGCGCCAACUUUCAUUCGUAUUGGCUGCCGGCCAGGAGUACAGGAUCGCAAAA